CAGUCAUCUGAGGCAGCGGCAGUUCCCCUGCACUCUCUCCCUCCUGCAUGCUGCGCUCAUUCACACACACACAGACAUUUGAACAAAAAGGAUACUGGAUACCCAUUCACAUACUCCUAUACUUACAGACAAUCUGCAGCUGCACACAAACACACUAUUAUACAGACACACGCUAAGAUCACAUCAAAAGCAGUUGUACAUGCUCUUUUACUUUACACACACCUUAUAAAUCUCACACAAAAAAUGAGGACGACUGUGAUUUGCGUUUAUGCCAGCCUCCUGCUUACAGCUACCUUAGUGCCACACACCAGCCGGGCAACGGACUUCCCCAUCAACUCACACCAGAGAUGGGAUACUAGAGGACCUUACACUUUGGAAUCUGAAUCUGGUAUCGCCACCUCCUGCCCAGUGAAACUUAGACCCUCAGGUCAGUGCGGGAGCUCUGGGGCCAGGACAGAGGAAGGGGAGGACUGCCCAUACCAGCUCACCUUGCCUCCCCUCACCAUCCAACUGCCCAAGCAGUUCAGACUGCUGGAGAAGAUGAUGAAGGAACUGCAGAGCCUGAAGGAGGUGGUGAACAAGCUGAAAAGUGGAUGCCAAGGGUGCCGUGGGGCACAUCAGCAAGCUGACCAAGGACAGAGGGAUGCUGGGGAAGAAGUGAGAGUGGACCUCACAGCACAGGAGGUGCAAGGUGGGUCCAGCCAAGAGGAGAGGGGAGAUGGGACAAUCCCUGGAGCUACUGUGGAUAGUACUAGACUGGAGCAAGGUUCUAUUUUUGGAAAAGGUAUGCCAAGCCCAAGCACUAUGCAGGAGAUGCAGGUGAAGCUGAACAGGAUGUCAGCCAGCCUGCGCAAUGCCAGGGGCCACAUCUCAGCUCUACAGGGCCGUUUGGAAGGUCUCAACCUGCUCAACAUGGACAACGUGCAGGCUAUGGUGGACAGACGGGUGGAGAACAUCACUGGAGUGGUCAACAAGCUCAGCUCCACCUGCACCAGCCAGUGUGCAGUACAGAGCAGCCCUCAGUUCAUCAUAGCCCCUCGGGACUGUUCAGACUACAAUGUGCUGGAGGUGAAGAAGAAUGGUGUGUAUCGUGUGACCCCUGAUCCCCGCAAUGGGACAUUUGAGGUCUUCUGUGAAAUGGAGUCGUUUGGAGGUGGAUGGACCGUGAUACAGCAACGGCUCAAUGGUUCUGUCAGCUUCAACCGUACCUGGGCUGAAUAUAAGAAAGGCUUCGGUAACCUCAGAGGUGAGUUCUGGCUGGGCAAUGACUAUAUCCACUUGCUGACAAAAGCCAAAGACAUGAUUCUACGCAUUGAGCUGGAGGACUUUGAGGGUGUCCGGGAAUAUGCAAAGUACGACGAGUUCUAUGUGGCCAAUGAAUACCUCCGCUACCGGCUGUCAGUCAGUGGAUACAGUGGGACCGCUGGGAAUGCCAUCAGUUUCAACAAGCACUUCAACCAUGACCAGAAGUUUUUCUCCACGCCUGACCGUGACAAUGACAUGUACACCUCUGGAAAUUGUGGCGCCUACUACAGCUCUGGCUGGUGGUUUGAUGCCUGCAUGUCCGCCAACCUCAAUGGGAAGUACUAUCACAAGAGGUACAAGGGAGUCAGGAACGGGAUCUUCUGGGGCACAUGGCAUAAUAUGUCAACAGAGUAUUACCCUACUAAUUACAGACAGGCCUUCAAAACUGUCAAGAUGAUGAUACGGCCCAAAAACUAUGCUCCAUAAGAAGACAGGUAAAUAUUCAAAUGUACAGUUAGAUUGCCAAAAUUAAAAAAAAAAAGAAAGAACAAGUGGGCUCAAACACUCAUACACAUGUGCAUUGUCAUACAUUUGCAUACAUUUACACAUGCGUACAUAUAGGCCAAAAAAAACUACCAGAGUGCAGUAGUAACAAAAUAACAGUAAAAAAAAUGUGCUAUUGCAUUUUUCCCACUGUAAUGAGUGUGGUCUUCAAAAUGUUGGAUUAUAAUGAUAAUAAUAAAAAACAAUAAACUAUGAAUGAUGAUUGACUAAUUUAAAAAAGACAUGCAGUGUAAAGGCCAGCCUCAUAAAAAAUGGCCAAAAUAUUACAGGGAGGGUUUCCAUGAGAGAUGUAUCACUGUUUUGCUGACAUUUUUCCACUUUCUGUCCUGCUGACUCCCGUAUAAACCCAGCCAAGACACAGCACUGCACACAGUAGUAGUAAAACCUAAUGAGCUAUCAUUUUCUCUGCUCUAAAUGGUUUCAUAAUUAACAGCAGCCACUCAAGUGAGGUAUACGAGAGCUGAUAAUACAGUUUUGAGUGCGUCUGAAAUACAAUGUGAAAGGCGUCAAGCUGGGGUCAGAGUCAAACUGUAAAACAAAAAAAAAAAAAAAAAA